AGGGGAGAGAGAGAGAGAGAGAGAGAGAAGAGGGCAAGGAGGAGGAGAGAAAGAGUGGAGCGAGGGGCUCGGCAGCAAACCCCGAGACGCAUGAGAUACAGAACCAAAUCUGCGGCAAGAGGAGGAGUGAAUCGAGAGGAGGAGUCGGGCGCGGAAGACAGAUAUUGGAAUUUCGACAUUCUAUGGCUCAAACUUGUGCGCGGAGUCCGAUCGAGCGCAGGUUGGCCUCUAGCACCUCGGUUUUGCCGAAUCGAUCGUUUUGGCGGAGCGGGUGCGAAGGCUUGCGAUGAAGAUGAUCAUGGUCUCGAGGAUGACGAAGUGACUGGCUUGGCAGCAGAGGCAUAUCGACCGUGACUGAGCAAGUGAGCACUCGAGCAUCGCACAGAGAGCCAGAGAGAGGAGGUAGAUAGAUAGUUAGAUAGCUAGGUACGUUAGUAUAUCAGAGUGUUGUAUUCAUUGCUGCUGCCGGUGUGGGUGGGUUGGUUGGUGGGGAUCGAUCGAGCGAGCGAUUGUUUCCGUUGCGACAAACCAUGGAAUCGUGAAUUUCAUCCCGAGGAAGACUUAUUCGUCGACGUGCUGUCUUGGAGAGGAGGGGGACGUGGGGAUGGUUUGCUUUUCGGAUGUGACGCUCGAGGAAUGGUAAGGGAGUGGAGAGCAUGAGACAGAAGGACAGCGUCACCAAAGUCGAGCAGAAGCCGGGCGCUGCGAUGUCAAGGAUUGUCCAGUGCCCGAAAUGCCGAGUUCUGCUCCAAGAGCCGCCUCCGGGCAAUCCUUACUACCAAUGCGGGAGUUGCUCCACAACUCUUCAAGCUAAGCAUGCCACAAAGGCAGAUUUGGAGUCAACGAAUCUGCGAUUCCACCCGGUCGACAAGUCGAACAGCAGGAGCUCGAAGUCAGACUCGUCGUCCGGGGAAAUAAGUGAGCGGGUCGGGGAUGAUUUCGCUUACGCGGGGGCCGAUGGGCACCGCUCGUGGUCACCUAUCCGCAAGGACGCCACUGCGUCGUACGCCCGGGCCCGAGGCGGGCCAGCCGCAGCCGCUCCGCCAGCGCCCGAGCACUUCCGCCUCUCGGCGGACAAUGCCAGGCACACCUCGGCCGAGAAGCAGCAGCCCGAUCAGCAGCAGGGCGGAGCAGCCGCAGCAGCAGCGCGAGCAGGGUACAGCGCAAUGGCCUCGAAGCACCCGCAGCCCUCGCAGCAGAUUGUGAAUUACAUGGUCUCGAUGAGCAGCUCGGAGGUGGACAUGACUCUGCUCGCGAACGAGAGCGCCUCCGGGGCCGAUUACAUCAGCAGGCGCCGCGAGCCGAGGUCGUCGGCCCCGAGCCCGCAGGAACCGGCCCCGGCCUACGGCAGCUCGGGCUUCAAUCUGCCUCGCCAUCCUGCGACGCAGGCUCCCAGGAUCCACCCCGCGUCUAGGUUAAACGGCGGACGGGCCGAUGCCGAGCCCGACGCUGCCCGGCCUCCGGCGGGUGCCAAUUCCAUCAUGGCCGCAGGUGGAGCGGGAGGCGAAAUGCUGUCGCUGCCCCGGCAGCCGUCCGGGGCCGCGGCCGAGCUGCAGAGGCAGCUCUCGGGCGCGGCCUUGGAUCAGCUGCAGCGGCAGCACUCGGGCCAGGCCUUGGACCAGCUGCAGCGGCAGCUCUCGGGCGCCGAGCAGGGCCUGCUCAAUUCUCAGAGUCUCAAGUCCGGGGGCGGUGCAGGGGAAUCGUCGUCGUCGUCGCGGUCGUCGUCCGGGCGCGCGUCGAAGCUGAAGUGGCAACCGCGGCCCGAGCCCGUGGAGAAUGCGGUUCCCUCGCCCAAGGCCGCCGACGUGGUGAUCGGCGGCAGCGGCAGCGGCAGCAGGGGCAAAUUUGAGGACGAUCGAAUCUCGUCGGCCAUCGCGCACGAAGAUCGGGUGAAGGAAACGACGUCGGUGGAGUACGUCGCGGAGAGGAACUGGAGGGAGUUGAGCAGCCGCAGGCGCAGCAAAGAGGCCUUGGAUCAGCAGUUUAUUCAACGCACACAAUCCGACGGGUCGGAAAAGAAUUUCGACAUGUACGAGAAUUCCGCCUACGAGGCCAGCGAGACGUCAUCGACCAUGGACGAUGGGGACGGCAACGAUGCCAGCAUGGGCCGCUUUUCCCCGCCGCCCCCGCUGCAGCUGCCGGAUAUUCGCGGGGGCGCUCCCAGGUCCCAGUCGCGUCCCAAUCUGCCGAGGUCCCGACCUCCGAGCUAUUCCGAGGACGGGAAUCCCCACGCCACUAAAAUGCCGACAGAGCUUGACAGCAUGGACACCGCACAUCCCCACGCUGACAAGGUCAACCGCCUGAAUCGGAGGCAGCACAGUUGGGACGCCACUCGCAUGGGCGCGGCAAGCAGCAGCAGCAACCUCGGCUCUCCCGUGCCUGCAUCUGAAACCUCAGCGAGCUUGCGCAAGUCCUCCAGUGAUGAUUAUGUGAGCAUGGUCAAGGAGAUCGAGCAUCUUCACAGCAGGGGUUCUUCCGAUCCGGGAGCCGUGUUCCUCCAGACUCAGCAAGUCGAUGCCUCCCAGACCCAACAGCAGCAGCAGCAGCAGCAGCAGCAGAAUCAUCAUCAGUGGGUUGCCCGCCUCAAGCCCCAGUCGUCGUUGCCCCGGUCUAAUGCGUCCGCCUCUUCUCCCGGUGCUUCUGGAGGGGGAGGCGGAGGGGUGAGCAGUCCUCGCCCACCCACUCACGGGCAGUGGUCGCAAUCGGGCUCGAAUUUGUCAUCGUACCCUGGCGAAUCCAAUCCUCUGCCUCCUUCACAGUUCGCGCCGCAGGCACCGAAUCAGGCCUCGAGACAAAUGCCGGAUUCGCUUCCGCCCAAACGCGAGGGCACUUACCCGCCGCUGCCUCUGCCGGGCGCUCUGCCUCACGUCGAGUGCCAGCAUUGUCACACCAUCCUCGCCGUGCCGGUGAACCUCCCCCCUCCCAAAAAAAGUACGCAGAAGCUCCGAUGCGGGGCGUGCAUGAAGAUUUCCACAUUCGCCGUGCCUCAGGCGGUGGAUUCCACCCAGGCCGCGGCCAGGCCCGAGGUUCUGCACUUCGGACAGUCUCUGUUCGCGUCCAGUCCCGAUGCGCAGAUGGAGGCGGGGUACCGGACGACGUCCGGCAGAUCUCUCAGUGCGACCUCGGACGAUUUGAGGAGAAGCGGGCGCAGGUUUUCGGACCUCUCCGACAAGAGUCUGCCCAUCACGAGAAACAACUCGAUCGGCAGCGCCGAUAUGCCGUCGGACGAGGAGCUGGCGGAGAGGGUCCGGGGGUUGAAGAUCGAUUCCAGUCCCGUCGUCGUCUCCACGAGCUCGGACGCUGGCACGCCGUCGAGCUACUCCGAGGUGUCGCCCUCGAACCCUGAUUACAAGUCGCGAUUCGGUCGUUCCCCGGGACCUCUGUACCCUAAGCGAACCUCGUUGGAGCACUCGGGCUCCGGGGGCAGACAUCAAACAGAGGAACGGUCUCGUUUUGCGGAUCUCAAAGGCCCGGCGCCACGAGUUCCCUAUCACGAGGGGAGCGUUGGGACGAGCAGCGACGACGAGAACGAGUCGGGCCAUCGGAAUUUGGCCCACAUCGGCUCGCCGUCGAUGUCGAUGGAAGGGGGCCACCGCCACACUCACAGCAACUCCAGGUCUCCUCCCCCUCCCGCGCAUCCGCAGUCUCCGCCCAUGUUCGAUCCCAGGACCUCUCCGUCGGGCCAUGGCAUCGGCGAGCAUUCGGCCAAAGAGCAGCAAGCGCAUGAGCAGCCCAAGGGUUUCAAAGGUUUCAAAGGCUUCAGCACCUUCAAGGAGCACCUCCGGGAGCUCACUCACAAGGGCAGGGGUGCCAGUGCCAAUCAUUCUCGGAGCAGAGUCACUGUCAACGGCGAAGCCAUACCCGAACAUGUGAUCAAGAAGGCUGAAGAGCAGGCCGGACACAUCAGUCCUGGCAACUACUGGUACGAUGCGCUGGCUGGAUUCUGGGGCGUUGCAGGAGGACAGUGCGAGGGCAUCAUUCCCGCUCAAAUCGAGGAGUUUCAGCAUCCUAUGUCGAGGAAUUGUGCCGGUGGUACAACCAACAUCUUAGUCAAUGGCAGGGAGCUGCACUCGAGAGACCUGGAGAUACUCGCUAGACGUGGACUUCCCAGCAUUCCAGGGAGGACGUACCGGAUUGACAUUGGCGGGAGAGUUGUUAACGAAGCGACUGGAGAAGAACUUAGAGGACUCGGACCACUCGCACCUUCAGUGGUGCAAAGGGGGCGUGGAAACGGCAUGCAAACAAGAUAACGCAUGAGCAGGGAGGAAAAUCUAGUUAUUGUAACAUUUUAGGACUCGAGCAUAGCAUUGCCGGCUAUAUGCCGGCUGGCCACGAUUUUGUGGCUCCAUUAUGUACUUAUAGGCUGGACUUUGAAAAGGAGAUGGGCAUUAAAGACGAAGUUUGAUACACUUAACCGUGUGGUCUAUCUGAAAGGAGUAGGUUAGAUGCAUUAUCGUUCCACUCGUUUCCACACUCGAGAGUUACGUUCAGCCCAGUCGAUACCUAGUAAUCGAAUUCUACGAGCUUCAAGACAGCGACGCGAUUCUCGUUAUCGGUCCAUGUGGGAGAGGGAGUGUACUUUUAAAGCCUUCGCAGAGAACUAUUAUUUAUAAGCAAUUUUUUUUCAGGACCCGGAUGUGAGGUUCGCCUGAUCAUGGUUGCCGAGUCAGACCAUGAUUGUCGAUGGUUAAUACUCUUCUUUGUUGAGCAGGUCGGCGUGAAGUCCAUCUUGAACAGGCUAUCUAGUAUAUCAUGCGUAGUACGAAGCUUGGUGCCACCAAUGUGUUUGUUCCCAUGACGAAUAAGUGAUUCGUUCACCAUCCAACCCACCUGCAGCUCUAGAGAAGUAUCCUGUGUGCGUGCAGUAUUUGAGAGUCGACUUGAGUUCGUUGUGCGUAGGAAGAAGCGGAGUUUUUUACUGGCUCAACUCGUCUCGUCUUCACAUGACGAAGGAGCUCGAAUAAAGAAACAUUUUCUCACAGCUAUAGCAAUCUCUUCGUCUUACACGGUUUAGGUAGUCUAGUUUUCUAUCUUUGACAUCGUUUGUCAAUUAUUUGCUCUACAUCUUGCCGAGUCAAGGCAGCUGUACAUUUCUCUCUGGAACUACAGUCACUGCCCGCCCGGAUUGUUUGUUAUUCGGUGCACGACGUGCCAAGAUAUGCAACGACUUGUCUGUGACCUUCUUUGG